CAGAUCUUUAAAAUAGCUCUGAAUAGAGGACGCCCACAACCUCAUCAUUAUAACGCCAGGAAAGGGAAUCUUGAGCUAACCUACAGCUAAUAUUAAUUUGGAAAAAGCUAGCCUUUGGUCGAGUUUGAUGCUGAAAAAAAACCUGACUCAUACAUCGAUGGAAAAAUAAUCAUGCAUAUGGCUGUUUGUAAAAUGUGGGGAACACUCCUGUUAUCAAUAACUCUGUUGAGCUUUGGGCUAGACACUGAUUUACUUGACGAAAAUAUACAGCCUUGUACAUCCGACUACAAUCUGCUUCAGGAUUGCAUUCAUGGUAAUUAUUCUAUGGAAUGCAGAGAAACACGGUGUAAACAGGAUUGCAACAAUGGAGCUAAAGUGUGUGAAAUGUUUCUUAACUGUAGUAAAGAGGAAUGUAAACAAACUUGCGACGCUAGAAAAUGUGGACUGGAAUGCAGCGGGAAAUGGUGUAGAAAACAGCAUUGCAACCGUGAAGUGCAAGAGUGUGAAAUGGUUGUAAAUUGUUGCGAAGGGGAAUGUGAACAAACCUGCUACGCUACAAAAUGUGGACUGGAAUGCAGCGGAGAAUGGUGUAGAAAACAGCAUUGCAACCAUCAAGUGCAAGUGUGUGAAAUGGUCCUGAAUUGCAGCGGAGGGGAAUGUGAACAAAUUUGCAACGCUGAAAAAUGUGGACUGGAAUGUAACGGGGAAUGGUGUAAAAAACAGCAUUGCAACCAUAAAACGCAAGAGUGUGAAAUGGUCCUGAAUUGCAGGGGAGGGGAGUGUGAACAAAUUUGCAACGCUGAAAAAUGUGGACUGGAAUGCAACGGGGAAUGGUGUAAAAAACAGCAUUGCAACCAUCAAGUGCAAGAGUGUGAAAUGGUCCUGAAUUGUAGCGGAGGGGAUUGUGAACAAAUUUGCAACGCUGAAAAAUGUGGACUGGAAUGCAACGGGGAAUGGUGUAAAAAACAGCAUUGCAACCAUCAAGUGCAAGAGUGUGAAAUGGUCCUGAAUUGUAGCGGAGGGGAUUGUGAACAAAUUUGCAACGCUGAAAAAUGUGGACUGGAAUGCAACGGGGAAUGGUGUAAAAAGCAGUAUUGCAAGCAUCAAGUGCAAGUGUGUGAAAUGGUCCUGAAUUGUAGCGGAGGGGAUUGUGAACAAAUUUGCAACGCUGAAAAAUGUCAACUGGAGUGCAACGGGGAAGGGUGUAAAAAACAGCAUUGCAAUAAUCAAGUACAGGAGUGCAAUCUACUUUGUAACGCUAGUAAUUGUAUACAGAAGUGCGACGCUUCCACAUGUCGAGUGACUAAAAUCUGGCCAAUCAACUCUCAACACAAUCUAAUGUGCUCUGGGAAUGGUCCCUGUGGCACUUCCGAUUCAAGAGCAAGUCAAGUUUUAGCAACCCAAAUUUCAAUAAGGCAACAAACAGGAAAAUCCCAAGCUAACUCUCCUUUGUUAUUAUCGUCACCAUUACCGUUAUUUUUACCCUCACCAUCGCCGUCACCAUCGGCAUCGCCAUCAACGUCAACAACAGCAGCAACAGUACAAUCAGCUUUAGCAGACUCGUCAUCAAAAUCAGUAUCAGCAUUAGCUUUAGCGAAAGCAACAACAUCCUUUUCAUUAUCAUUAUCACCAGCAACUGCAGCAUCAUCGCCGUUGUUUUCGCAAGUUUCGACUUCUCCGUCAUCUACGUUGGAAGUACUUAAGAAUCUGGAGAAUUAUUCUAUUUCAAAACUUGGUGGAAUAGAUAUCAGGGGAAACAGUUCUUUGAAGGAGGCUGUGCGUAUAUUCGAAGACUUCACCGCUCACUUAUUGAACAUCACAAAAUCCCAUACAGGCCAUUUAAGUAAAAAAGAGGAUGAAACGAGGAGAGAAUCCAUCUUUGCAGUAGCAUUCGCCUUUGAGGAAUUUGCUCUUAAUUAUGGUAAACAACAUCUGAGUGGAACGAAGCCUUCCACAAAAAUCACAAGCCAAAAAAUGGUUUUGGGUAUUCAAAUAGGCUAUCGCCAGAAUAUGACUGACUUCUUCUUUACGGAAGCAGAAUGGAAAUCCAGCAUUAAUAUUUCCCCUGAAAAUUUCGCUGAGAAUGGAUCAGUGAUUGUAGGGUGCGUGUACAAGGAUCUCCAUGAAUUGCUACUCAAAAAUAUAUCAAUCGCGGGAGAAACUGACAGUUCAAGGUCUGUGAACACCAUGAUAAUGACGGCAGCUAUGAAUCCCAGGCCUGCAAAAUUACGGCAAGAUGUCACCUUAAAGUUUAGCAACCUAGAGGUUGUACAUGCUGACGAAGAAAAGCAUUGUAUGUUUUGGAGUGGCUUCAAAAAUAGUGCAGGUGGGUUUUCAGAGGAGGGUUGUCGGGUAGAUUCAUCGAAAAGUGAUUCCAAAGAAACAGUUUGCCAUUGCAAUCAUUUGACUCAUUUUGCUGUCUUAGUGGACUUCAGCGGUAGCACUGAGCUCUCCACUAAGGACAGAACUAUUCUGGAGAUUAUCACAUGCAUAGGAUUGAGCCUUUCAAUCAUGGGAAUGCUAUGGACAAUAAGUCUGUAUUCGUUCCUCACAGAUGUCCGUCAGCCUCUGUCUCAAAUACGCUUAAGCCUUGCUGUGGCUUUAGGUGCAGGACAAAUAAUCUUUCUCAUCGGAAUAAACGCCACAGAAAACAAGGCUGCGUGUGUCACAGUGGCAGCUCUUAUGCAGUAUUUCCUGAUGGCUGCUUUCUGUUGGAUGCUGGUCGAGGGAAUUUAUCUCUACCUGUUUGUUGUAAAAGUUUAUAACAUCAACACAACGAUGCACAUCUAUCACAUCAUGUCAUGGGGUUUGCCCCUGGUUAUGGUGGCCAUUUCACUAUGUAUCGCGGCUGGGAAAGAAGGGAUACAAAGCUAUACCAGCGACAAGUUUUGUUGGAUGUCCUCAGCGAACAAUCUGAUUUGGAUAUUUGUCACAUUCGUGAUCACAAUUGAAUUGAUCAACUUGGUGAUACUCGUACGAGUCAUUAAGGAGAUGACCAGUAUGCAGCCAACAGGAGACAAGCAAAGUCAACAAAUACGAAUUAGCAUUAAAGCAUGCGUGGUGAUGAUUCCCCUUCUGGGUAUCACGUGGCUAUUUGGUCUCCUGUCGCCAUUACACAUAGCUUUUUCCUACAUUUUUAACAUCUUAAACUCUACACAGGGUUUCCUGAUUUUCGCUCUUCACUGUCUGCGAAACAGCCAGAUCAGAGAGCGAUUCAAAAGGAAGGUGAACACCAUUUUUCCAUCUUCAAACAGUGGAAACUCCACAAAGACGAGCUCACAGAUUAAUCCAAGCGAUGUUGGUGAUAUGUGGGUAGCUGAAUUACAGUCUUGCAAUGAAUUUGAGCUCAGUGAAAAACCCUCAACUUGAAGGAAUAGAAUCAACAGAGCGAGUACAAAAGUGGACUGUCUCAUUGUUUAAUACGAUUAUUCUGAUCACCGUAGUUAAACUAAGGCGAUUGUUUAUUUUCGAUCUGUUCAUAAAAUUUCGGCAGUUGCGAUUGCACCAUUAGCUGGGUAAAUAAAUCACUUAUAAGAUGUUAGUCUCUGCUGAUAUUUGGAUGAAGGAGUCUAAUUCGUUGAUAAGGCAACUUGCCAAAGUCGGUGGUCAAUCGGUUUUUUUUUUUUUUAAGCUAAGUGCAAAAAAUAUUAAUUUUUGUAAUCAAAAGCGUGUAGUUUUUUUCACUAUCGUACGUAAUAUGAGAAACUUCGCCUUAGUUGCGAGCUAAAUUGUUCGUAAGUAACGAGCUUAGAGGCUGGCUGUCGAUCAAUGUUAGAAUUCUAAACAGUGUGUCCGUCACAUAUUGGUGUAUCCGUUCCUCUUAUGAUUGCCCCAAACUAUUUAGUUGGAAUGUGGCGGUAAUUCAUAUGACGCAUCAUGUUGACGCUGAAAACGUCUUCAAACAGUGCUUUGUUUAACUUUGAUCAUGGUAACCGCCUCCCGGUUAGCUCAAUUGGUUAGAGCGCUGGACUGUUGUGCGGGAGGUCGAGGGUUCGAGCCCUGG